UCCAGCUUUACUCUGCAACAGGAGCUACAUCGUCUUUGAAGUUUUUGCUCCGGUUUUUGCCUGAUCUUUGCGCACUUUAACUUUUGCUCACUCACAUUUAGUCAGUAUGCAGUUUUUGUCCAGCCUAGUGUCUCUUUUGCUGGUGCUGUACAGUGUCAGAGCAGCAGCUGUGCUUCCAGUGGAGGAGAGGAACCUAGUACACAGUAGGGAACUAAGUAAAGAGCAUAAGGAGCUGAUCCUAAAGCUGAUUUCUGGGUUGCUGGAUGGAGUAGAUAACAGCGUGCUUGCUGGGGAGAUAGCACCAGCCCCGCUGGAUGUGGAGGAGCCCCUUGAGUCCCGUCUGGAAGAAAGGGCAGUCUACAACCGGUUAUCACAGCUGCCACAGCGUGACCGCAAAGCCCCCUGCAAAAACUUCUUCUGGAAGACCUUCACAUCGUGCUAACAGCUCAAGCCCUGCAACGAUUCUGCACUACUCACUAAUACCUGACAUGAACUGUGUAGACCUCCACUGUACACACCAUCUCCAGUGUCUGAAGAAAGAUCUCCGGGGACUUACUCUGACACAGUCUGUUUGUUAAAGACAUUGAUGAUUAUAUUUAUUUAUUUUGUUUAUCAAUUCUUUAAUAUAUUUAUGGACUUUUUUGUUAUUCAGCAUUAAAAAGAAUAAAGCAUGGUUAAGCAUGUUUGCUGUUUUUGAUAAAACAUGUCUCAUUCAAUGUGGUCAACAUCAAGAAAAGCAUCAAAUUAUGUUAUCCUGACUGUUGAAUAAACAUAACAUAUAUUAUUAUAGUCAACAUGUAAGCAUUUCCCUACAAUAAUAGAUGGCAAAUUUUAAAUACAGUAUUGUUUUAAUGCCAUUUUCACAAACAGUGGUUGUUUGACACUAAAAAUAUAAAAUUAAUCAAUUUACAGUUUUUGUGGUGAUUAUGGUUU